AUGAACAAAUAUAUCUGCUUUGCUAUCGUUUUGUUGGCUGCCAUUACAUCUGGUAGCUGUAAUGGCUAUGGCAAUUUGGCCAAUCUUGCUUUGAGUUCCUAUGGCGGAGCCGCACAAUCGGCUCCAGCCGGUGAUGCUGGCGGUUACGGCUUCUCAGGCGGAUAUGCUGCCCCUGCUCCCAGCUAUGGUGGUGCAGCCGCCUCAGGAUACAACAGCUAUUCUGCCCCCAAAGCCUAUGCCCCAAAAUACUCCUUCCAACCCGCAUACGCCACUGAAUUGUAUCCCGGACAGAAUGGCUACAAACAAUACAAUUCGCAUGCCAGCUACAGCCAAGUAGCUUUGCCUGUUGUACAAGACGCCCCAUUGGCUAAAUUGUACUCCUCGGCUUCCAAGUCUUAUGGCGGUUAUGGCAGUAGCCCAUCUUAUGGCGGUAGCUCAUCCUAUGGUGGUAGCCAAGCUGCCUACUAA